GUACUCCCUCCGGCCCGAUUUACUUGAUUUGACGGUCGUUUUGCAAAAACCCCCUUGGUGAAUUUCCGACAAAAUUGGAAGUCCUCCCACCGCUUAUCUCGUUGUUUGGUCUUCUUCCUCGGUCACGGUCGUCCCUCCCGCUCCGCUGGCUGCUCUCACGCCGCUCGCCCCCGGCGCCCCUCACCUCCCCCUCCGCCCCAAGCCACCCCCGCCGCCCCAUCUCCGCCCCAAGCCACCUUCUUGCCUACCCCUACCGCGCUUCAACCAUCUUGCUCCCCCGCCGCCUUCUCCAGCGUUGAUGCCGCUCGCGAAGAAACUGCCGCCGGGAAAGGUUGAAAUUUUCCCGUCCAAGACAUCGCCGUCGUGCCGUCUCUGCUAGAUCUGCAUCUCGUGCCCCCUCGAGCGGCCCCUCUUGCUCCGGCCCUGCGCCUCGUGCUCCCAAAUCAAGGCCAUGGCAUCCAAACCGUCGUGCUCCGGCCCUGCGCCUGAGCCUAGGCGCCCGGUCAGUGCGCCUGAGACCAUGGAGGCUGCCGCAGCGGCGAACCUCGCGGCCCGGCCCGGCGGCAUCGUCAUCGGCGACCCCGGCACCGGCAAGUCCAGCCUCGUCGUCGCCAUCGCCACCGAGCAGUUCCCCGAGAACGUACCCAAGGUCAUGCCCCACACCCGCCUCCCGCCGACUACUUCCCCGACCGCGUCCCCAUCACCAUCAUCGACACCUCCUCCAGAAGCUGAAGCUGAUCGCCGAGUGCCAGGCCGCGGACACCGUCGUGCUCACCUAUGCCUGCGACAGGCUCUCCACGCUCGAGAGGCUCAGCACCUACUGGCUACCGGAGCUCAGGCGCAUCCUGCUCAAGGCGCCUAUCAUCGUGGUGGGGUGCAUCGUGCAGUCCUUCCAUGAGAUCGAGACCUGCAUCGAGUGCUCCGCGCUUCGCCAGAUCAUCUAGGUCAAAAACACCACCCUUCUCUU